GUCUGCGAGGCAGAAAGAGGGUGGAGAAAUAACGGGCAAAUAAUUCAGGCACCCAGCCUAGCUGUCUGUAGCCCCGGAAAACAACAACAGAGCCCAUCGUCAGAAGCCGCGGUAGCUGUCGCAGCGCCUCGUUCUGCUUGCGGAAAACAGGCCAGACCCUCACCGGGCAGUCGAAGCGCAGAGCCGCAGCGAUGGGAGUGGAAGGCUGCACCAAGUGCAUCAAAUACCUGCUAUUCGUCUUCAAUUUUGUCUUCUGGCUGGCAGGAGGAAUAAUUCUAGGUGUGGCAUUAUGGCUUCGUCAUGACACACAGACCUCAGCUAUCUUGGGAUCAAAACUAGAUGAUCAGCAGGCUCCUACCACAUUCUAUGUUGGAAUCUACAUCCUGAUUGCUGUUGGAGCAGUGAUGAUGUUUGUGGGUUUCCUGGGAUGCUAUGGUGCUAUCCAGGAGUCACAGUGCCUUCUUGGAACAUUUUUCACAUGCCUGGUAAUCUUGUUUGCUUGUGAAGUGGCUGCAGGAAUCUGGGGGUUCGUUAAUAAAGAUCAGAUUGCAGGUGAUGUCAAACAAUUCUAUGACCAGGCAUUGGACCAAGCAAAAGUAAAAGAUGAGAGCAAAUCCAACAAGGCAAGAGCAGUUGUGAAAACCUUUCAUGAAACGCUAAAAUGCUGCGGUGCACGUACUGUGGAAGCUUUAAUCAACAUAGCAACAUAUGAUUUCUGCCCUUCUGAAGGAAAAUUGAUUCCAUCAUUUUCAAACGACAUAAACUGUCACCACAAAAUUGAUGAGCUAUUCUCUGGAAAGUUGUACCUGAUUGGCAUUGCUGCCAUCGUGGUGGCUGUGAUCAUGAUCUUGGAAAUGAUUUUGAGCAUGGUGCUCUGUUGUGGCAUCAGGAACAGCUCCGUCUAUUGAGAAGUGGAAGGGCAGAAGCGAAGCAAUGGUGCCGAAGGGACCCCAAAGUGCCGCUGUCUGACCAGGAGACACUUCCAACAGAAGACAAAGAAAAAUAUGUAUAUAAAUAUUUCAGAUAUUACCAUACAGUACUUAUCAUUCUUACUUGGAAGUCUUUUUGUUUGUUUAAUGGUGGGGGAGGGGAGGGGGGAGUUUUCUGUAUAAUUGUGGAUGAAUUAGUUACGAAUUGGUUUGUGUGGUAGAAAAGCUAUCAUACCAGUGGUUCCAGGCCUUUAUUAAAGAUAGCCUUUUUCUUUUGUUUCUCCCCCUCUCCAUUGUUCCUGUGGUGCCCACAUGAAAUUAAAGAAAGUUUACAAAGGUGCCAUUCUUUUAUCAGGAACUGAUUUUUUUUUCACUUUUAUUCCCCAGUAGUGUUUACUGGGGAAGAGGUGGGUAAACUGAAAUAGUCCUUUUGACUCCUAAUCCUAGCAUUUCUUGUUCUAACAUUAUCUUCCUUGGAUUCUAAACUGUGGGCAAUGUAUGACUUUCCAGAGAUAGGCCUACAAUUUCCUUCAGCUCUAGCCAUCAGAGUCCAUGAUGAGGGAUCAUGGGAAUUGUGGGCCAAACCAUCUGGAGGCUCACAAGGUGCCCAUCCCUGGUUUAUAAGGAUUCUUGGUCUAAAUCUGUAUAAGACUGCAAGAGUGCAUUGCUACUUCCAGUUUGUUAUUAACCACACAUGUGACAGUGCUUUUCACAACAUUCUCCACCCCUUUCAAUGAGGAGACUUCUUUCAUCAAUUUGCAUGGCAGUCCAUUAUGUCUCCUGGUGUGACAACAUCAGUGUAAGUCAAAGUUAAAUCUUUGGAAUUCCAAAACAGGGAGGAUUUUUAGAUAAAAAAGAAAACUAAAUAGGCUGAUUGUGGAAUGGCAGCACGUUUUAUAUGUCACUGCUUAAAGUGAACUCCCACCUUUGUACUUACGUAAUUAGUGCUGAAUGCAGGUACUCUCUGAUGGCAAUUACUUGGUAAAUGCAUAGAAUUCUAAUGAUGCAAGAAAGUAUCUGUUGAAGGAAAUUGUUGGAUACCGGUUUCUUUAAAAAAUCCCUAAUUUUAAUGGAGGCAUAUAUUCUUGUGCCUUUAUAAAACCUGGAAUACUAGGGCUGGAUAAUAGCUAACUGGAUGUAUAUGAGUAUGUCUUUGCAAACAGAGUUUAGAACAAGUUCGCUCUAUGCACCAGAAGUAAAAAGCAUGGAAUCCAAGACUGCACAGUUGGAAGGUUGCUUAUAUGGCAGGACUUCAGCCUACUCGCCUCUCCUCUGCAGUCCCCCACACUGCCCCAAAUUCUCUGCCACAACCUUCCAAAGCAGAUUUUAACAGAGUAUAGGGUCUGAAAGGGGAGGGGGAAUUGUCCAUAUCCCACUUCCACUGACAGAAGCAGUUCCAUCAGCAGAUCAACAAUACAAUUCCACAUAUAGUAAGAGACCCAUGUGCUUCCUAAGCUAAGCCAUGUUGAUACCCCCUUCCCCGCUUGACCUAGUUUGUAAUAUUAGACUAUUCGCCCGCCCAAUAAAAAUAGCCUAUUGAUCUCUGCAACUUGAACAAGAGUUCAGUGGGUGCAAGAGGUCCUGUUUGCUACCCAGGUUCCACAAAGCCCUUCCUUACUCUAACAUGGGCAUGGUCAAAGGGACUUUUAAAGAACAGCAGUGCAGGCUUAUUUAGCACAGAUGCGUCUUAUCCUCUCAUACCACUUAGUAGUUCAAGUUUACAUGCUCUUCAGGCAGAAAUAAUUUUUAAUCUUGGUUUUCCCCUGCUGUAUUCUCCCUAUGGACUCUGUGCCUUUUCGAUGAGCAUGGGGACAACAUAAACAGAAGUGAGAGACUCAAACAGGGGUGCAGAUAUAAUCUUCCAGCACUGGCUAGAAUGCUUUUAAAGCACAUUUAGAAGAACUGCACUAGUAAUGAAGACCCCUGCAAUAGCUUCAUUUCCUCUUCUAAAUAUAGCAAGUAGAGCACUUUUAGAGGCUCACUGCAAAGAUACGCAUAGACUGAGGCACAGCAGAAAAUACUGAGUGGGGGUUUCUCCUCUCUCCUUUUCCCUUUCUGGCAUGGCUAGCUCCCACUAUCUCAACAUUCUUUAAAAAGCUACUCCAAAUCAAACUCUGCUCAUAGUGUCCUAAGGAAGCAAUGUCUCAGAGUCUUGCAGGAUGUUGUUCAUGGGAAUUGGGAAGACCUCUUUUAGCCUUAGAAAUAGCCUUAAAGCAACACUGCCCGAAUGUCAAGCUUUGCAUGCACUGGAAACAGAAAUUGAUUCUACCAACCUAUCCACCCUUCAGAGGCUUUAGAGUCACAUGUUCCAGUAUAAUAUGCUGUAUGUACAAUUUGUAGGUAUCAACUGUGCAUGUCCAUUUAUUUACAUACACACACAGACAUAUAUGCACAUUGGGGUUACCAGCGUACAGAAUGGAUAUGUGUAACUCACUGCCUUUUGUCGAGCGUCUUUGAGAAAUGUAUAUUAUGCACCACCAGACAUCUUGUGUUUUGUUUUUCCUAUGCCGUAUGUUUGAUAUUGUUCCGCAUUCAGCUGAUGUGUGUAAGCAGCCCAAGCUCUGUUUGGAAGAGUCACAGCUCUGUCCUCCAAGAAUGGAAGAUAAGUUGAGCACAUUCUUAGGAAACGUGUUUUGCUGUAGGCAGAGGAUGCUGUUUCUAUACAGUGCAGAUGUCUCUUGGCCACACUGCAUUAAUGCAGGAGAAGGAGAAGCCUAUGGUCCACCUUUUCCACAGCUUGUCUUAGGAGCAAGGCACAACUGUACAUUGCACGUGAGUCUGUGUAACCAUGUCUUGUCAUAUUUUUACUUUGAAAGCAGCUUCCAGAGGGUGUGGCUUUUGGGAAAAUCGAAGAGGAGUGCUUAGCAUGAUGAGUGCUUAAGUUAUUUGAAACUUCAUAUACGGGGAGCAACUGUAAAACACUUUUUGAAUAAAAAGGCAGUUGAGAAAGGCCUACAUUUAUGUGUGCACCCUCUGUUACUCCUCUGCUCUCUGGUGACUGCUUUUUAUUUAUUUUAUUUUUUCAUAUAAAAACAAACAUUUAUUUGCAUGUGUGUAGUAUGUACUGCAAGAGCUAAGCAUGGAGAACUGAAAAGUUAUAAGGAAAAUCAAAAGGUACUCCUGCCUAUGUGAUUAGUAAGAUGUGAAUUUUGCCUUCCUCAAAAAGGAAGCCUGAGUAGGAAACUGAGCUCCAAGGGCCAGGAACAUUCAUCGAUGGCACCAUUUUGAUAUAAGCAGAAACCAAGCAGAUGAGGAGUGUUCUCCUAUGAGAAGAAAGGUUUCUGAAAGCAGGUGGUGAAAACAUAGCACUGGUCUAUAGAAACAGCAGAUUGCACUGUGAAACUGUUUCUAGAUUGACACGUUUCCUUCAUGUAGGAUUUCUUUACCUUUCUGGCAAAGUGCACACAUGUGUGCUGUUCCUGUAAACUGGGUUUAAGGCCUCUUUCAGUGCCAAUAAUGGCAGGAUAUUUUCCCAUUUUGUUUUUCAAGACUGCAAGGAAUCAAGGGAUCACCAAGAGGGAAACACAGGCAGCUUCGUAAUAUCAAGACGGGUUGAUCAGUUGCUAGAUAAAUCAUCCCCAGUGGCAACACCUGCUGUGAAAGCCUGCUUUAAAAGUGCCUACUUAGGAAUGGGCGGCAUGAGGAAUGUCUUCCAAUAUGGCUCUAGCAUGUAAAAGAUGAGAAGCUUGUGUUAAGAGAGACUUAUUCCUAAAAUGAGGUGGAAAGGGAAGAGAAUGAAGGAUUUACACUGAUUCUUCUGUAAAGCAAAGAACCAGAGCCAUUUUUGUUUUGAAAUCUUAGGUUAUCUUGCAGAGUUUUCGAACCAAAUGCAGUAUGUUACCUUUACCAAGGUUUGUGGCUGCAUUGUGGUUCCUCAGAGAACCACCAUGGGUCAGGUUGGGCUUUGGGCUGUCUCUGCCCAAAAGGCUUGCUUUCGUAAGGUUGUGUCUAGGCAAAAAUUAUGGACAACUCUCCUGUAAGCCAAAAGGGAUACACUGUGUUCCCUUUCACUGUUGGGAUCUGUGCCAAUCAAAACAGGGCUAAUUACGAGGCAGUCCGCAGAGGAAGGCCAGACAGAGCUGCUGGCCACACUGGGCUGGAAGCCUGGGUUUCUUUUGUACCAUGGAGCAUGCCGCAACCUAUGCGUGUGUAUUAACAACCAUUUCUCUGCCUUUUUUUGGUCACCUCUUGACUUUUUAAUAAACGUUUUCUCGUGUGCA